AUGACUCAAGGUCGCGACAAUGCCGGUGCAUCUGGCACGCCUGCCUCUGCGUCCAGUGCAGCCGCAGCGUCCGCAGCGCCCGCAGGUGUUACUGGCGCAAAGGCCUCUGUGGGCUCUGCUUCGGACACUGUGUCGAGGGCAGAGUACACUGCGCUUGAGUCGCGGUUAGCUGCGGCUGAGGCUACCAUCGCCGCCCUGCAGAGCAAGCUUGCAGUCGUCGAGGGACCUGCUUCCGACAAAGCGGCGCCCACCGGCAAGCCUGCGCUGGGCAAGUCACCCUCUGGAUCAUCUGCACUCGCUCCUGGGUCGGCAGCGGCAAACGCAGUAUCCCCGUCUGGACCUGGAAGUGCGGCGGCCUCGGGUUCGAACGCUUCGGGCGCUUCGAGCAUCCCGUCGUCCAGCGCAUCUGGGUCCGUGGCCCGCACGCCCCCCGCGCCAUCGGAGGCAAGCGAGGCGUCGAUCGCCGCACUCACGCAGCAAGUCGCAGCGCUCUCGACGAGCGUCGCGCAACUGCAGCGUCUGCAGACCCAGUCUAUGGUGUCGCCCAUGAAUGGGCACCCGUCUCACCCUUCGCAUGCGCACCAGCACCAGCAGCACCAGGGACAGCACCAGCACCAAGGUGCGCUGCACCAGCAAAUGCGCAUGCCGCCCCCUCCUCCGCUCGACACAAACCUCGGUAAUCUCCCAGGAAUGGCGCAUUCGGGGCACUCUGCGCAUUCCGUCACGAGCCCGUUCCCACAGCAGGGAUUCCUCGGCGGCACGCCCGGACCCCGGACGCCGAUCAGCCGUCCGUUCUCGGGCCUGAUGUCGGCGGACGACAAAUGGGGCGCCCCCGGGCAGGGCCCAGGCAGCCGCAGCAAUGCUGGAGGUAAUCAAUGGAACUCCCAGGGGCCUAUCAUCCAGACGAACGGCAUCAGCGGCAUGAACAGCAACAUUGGCAGCGGUGCGGCGGCCCCAGGCGCAGGCAUCGUUGUCACGAAGUGGGAGCACUUGAACCUCAAGGUGGAGCUCCUUCGUUCCAUCUCGAAGUACGGGAUUGGUCCGCCGAACAAAAUUCAGGCUCGAGUUCUUCCAUUCAUGCUCAAGGGCUCGGAUAUCAUCGCUCAGGCGCCGCCCACCCAGGAGCGCAUCAUUUCUUACGUGAUCCCUGCCCUACAACUAUGUCUGACACUACCCCCGCCGCAGGGGCCGUACCGGGGACCGGCCGUGAUCAUCAUCACCACGACGGUCGACCAGGCGACGCAGUGCCACAAGCUCGUCGGCAAUGUCGGAGGGCCACUUGGCGUGCGCGCGGCGCUUGCGGCCGGUGCGGCGGGCUCGAGCGGGCUGCCAAACGAACUGGCAGCGAUGCAGCGCGACCAGAUCCAGAUCCUGAUUGGUACGCCGGCCAAGGUGAACGAGGUCAUGAACAUGCGCGGUGGGCUUUCGGGGGCGGACUGCCGCCUCCUGAUCCUUGAUGAGGUGGACCAGCUGAUCGCGCGCAAUCUGUAUGAGAACGUUCUCAACAUUGCGCGCAUACUUCCAUCCCCGCGGCGGUCUGGUCCCGGUCUGACACCGGGUCCUACGCCCUUCUCUCCCGUCGUCGGCAGCCCUUACGAUGGCGGUCAGCAGUCCCCCUUCAACCCGCAGAGCAAGACGCCAUUCCCGGCGGCCCAGAACUCCCGCUUCUCGACCCCAGGCCCGGGCGCAACGCCAACCUCGCCUACACCACCGAUUGAGAGGCAAACCUGUCUCUUCUCCAACACGAUCCCCACGGAUGUCAUCAACUUCUCCCAGUCGCUGCAGGUGCGCGACCCGGUGCGCGUCUUAGUGCGUCGUGAGGGGGCCACGAACUCGCAAGAGUCUGUGAGCAGUGUCACCCCCGGCGUGAACCUCAAGCACACGUACGUCUACCUGACGAUCACGGGGAGUGCGCGCUCGGAAGAGUCGUCGGAGUCCGGUCCAGGGACUAUCGGCAGCGGUCGCAACCCCGGCGCAACUCUUAGCGAGGAAGCGACCCGCGCCAAGGAGUACAAGCUCGACAUGCUCGUCAAGAUGCUUGACGACUAUCCCCUGUGGCAGGCCAUCAUCCACGUUGGCACCUACGCCAUGCUCGAGGCAGUCCUAUACAAACUUGGCUCUCGUCAGUGGGAGACCCUGUAUCUGUCCUCCGACAUGCCCCCGCCACAACGCAAAGCCGUCCUGGCCCAGUGGCGCAUGAGUGUACCGGGGAGUGGACCCCGAUUCCUCGUCUGUUUCGACGUCACCCCCAAGCCGCCCGAUAUUCCCUGGACGCCGCUCGUGAUCAACUUUGACCUGCCCCGAAGUGUGGAGGGCUACGCGCUCCGCGCGGCCGCUGCCGUCCCGCAGGCCCCGCGACAAGGCCAAGUCAACCACGUCAACGGCGUCAUCGUGUCCUUCGUCCAGGCGGCCGGAGGCGACGUGGAGAUGCUCCGGAGUACGGAGUGCGCGUACCGAUUCAAGGGAGCUCGCUCGCCCAGCUGGCUACGGUGGGAGAUCAAAGCUGACAACCAGUCCGCCGAGAUUCCGACCGUGUUCCACGACCUGUUCCAGCAUUAG